ACCCCGCUUAUCCCUGGCGUAUGCACAAGAACGGAAAACCCCACGGUUUAUUCUGGUUCGGGACCGCCAUUGAAGUGUCUGCUCUGCUGCUUUAAAGAAGCAUGUCGCGCUCCAUUCAUUUCAUCUCGAAAAGCAUUUCAGGAUAUGGGACACCUGAUGGUAGAUGUCUUCCCUGCUCCGGUGUUUGUGGAAGAGCAGUUGGCGUAACACCUAAUCCUUUCCGUGGUGACUACAAGCUCAUUUCUGAUGUGAAGUUUUUAUCUUUGAGAUGUGCUUCUAGGCACGUGUCUUCUGUAUGCAAUGCGAGUUCUAGCAAUUAUAGGAGAAACUCAGAUUUCUCAAGGCAAAACAAGCAUGGGUUCUCCCGCAAUAGGAAUAGACACAAUGAAGAGAGAGAUGGUUAUGAAGACCUUGAAGAAUCUGAAACUUUGACUUCUAAAAAUGGACCCUUGCUUUCUUUUGCUGGAAACCAAAAAUUUCAAGCUACUGCAACUCCGGGUCCUAGGGAAAAGGAGAUUGUUGAGUUAUUCCGGAAGGUGCAGGCUCAACUUCGUGAAAGAGCAGCAAUGAAGGAAGAAAAGAAAGUUGAGGAUUCACAACAAAAAAGCAAAGAGAGUGAAACUGUUGAUUCUCUUCUCAAGCUCUUACGGAAACAUUCAGUUCAGCAAGGGAAGAAAAACACUAACAGUGCCAGCAACAGGGAUUUCAUCCUGGAUCAACCUGAACAGGUUGAAACUUCUACUGAAGGGAGCGGCGCAAGCAUCUCAGACUCCAAUACUACUGUGAAGCAUGAGAUGCAAGAAAGCCCAAGACCAAAUCUUGGCCGGCCAAGAUCAAGCUUCCGCAGAAGAUCUCCAGUCCCUGAAAUCAAAUUCCAGCCUGUUUAUUCCGAUGGCUCUGUCAAUUCUGUCUCAGAAAACAAGUUGGAUUAUACAAGGAAGGGGAUUCUUGAGCCAGAAGCUGAUGACUUACAUGAACUCAAGAUUGAAUCUAAUUUGGAGCCCCUUUUGUUAGAGAGAAAUGCGUUUGACGAGAUGUCAGGGGAUGAAACUUCAGAAAUUUAUGCAAGUGAGCACGGCGAUGAAGACGAUGAACACAAUCUGGUUGAAGCUAGUGAUUUGAGUGGAAUGAAGCUGACUGAGCUGAGAUCUCUUGCCAAGUCUCGUGGCGUAAAAGGGUUCUCAAAGUUGAAAAAGAAGGACCUUGUUGAUUUGCUGAGUGGGAGCUCAAUCUAAUUAUGGUACACUGUGAAGUACAGGGAAGAAACAUUACAAGUUCUACAGUUUAAGAUUUUGUUUACAUUGUGUCUUUGUUGGUAGGUUUAAUGUUUGCCUUUUGAUUUUCUUUCACUCUCCUCAACAUUGAACAGCUUUGAGCCUUCGAACAACGCACCAUGCUUGGCAUUUUUAUCUGCAACAUUAUCUUGUCCUGUCCCAAACUUUAAAAUAUAUCCCUGGAUUAGAUAUAGAAUUUAUUGUUGAA